CGUGUGGUCCAUUAUUCACUGAGCAGCCCUCCUCACCGACAACACGUCUGGUAAUCAAGAUGGCAAUCAACAAAAAAAUACUUUGUUUUCUAGCAUCCUUUUCCUUGUUUUACAUCAAUCCUGGCGCCGCCAUAGCCACAACAUCAACACCUACUGAUGUUUCAUGCCAAGCCCCUGGAACAGUAAAUGUUAGCGUCAGUGACGGAACUAUCGGAAGUGUUUUGGUGGAAUGCGAAUACGAAGGAAACAACACCGUGAGAACCAUACAGAAUAGUGGACCCACCGACAGUAUCAGUGUUCCUAACUGCACUAUAAACAAACCUGUGACACUUGUUCUUUUCAAUGACACACAUAAUGCGUCACUUGGAGUUGUUAUAAAGAAGGACGAAUCGUAUGUAGUUAAAGAGAUCAUCGUCAUUUGUAACGGAUCACACAUGACAGUCAAAGAAAGUUUCAACAAUUCCGUUCUUGCCCCAACGGUGCUUACAAACAUUCCGCUGCACAAUACAUUGACCAUGAAAGUGACAGACGAAAAGAGUAACAACCUGGCCACUGCUGUUGAUAUAGCACACAAUUAUAGGUUAAACAUUACCGGCCCAGACAGUUUGUUUCUUCUCGUUGAAUCGUGUGAUGCUGCCUCAGAUUCUAGUUUCAAGAAGGAUUUAGUGCAGUUAUACGUCGACAGGAAACCAAACGAUGAUUUUGGUGUUUUAGGAACAUUUUUAAAUAAUAUAACUAAAACAACUGAAGCUACUAUGGUUGGUUUCCGAUUAGUUGAUUCUCCUGUUGUAUACCUACGCUGUGUGGUCGAUGUUUGUAAUGAGGCCGGUUGUCCAUCUCUGACUCCCUCAACGUCACAGUCAAUCACUGGAUCAGGUCGCAGACGGAGGAAUGUGGACACAACUAAUCGAAGAGUGACUCUGUCAACCUCAUUCAGAGUAGAACCGUUAUUUACAACAAGUGGUGUUAAUGGUUCUAUCAUUGGUGACAGGAAAUAUGCUUUCAUAGCAAUCCUAUUACUUGCAAAGUAUUUCCACUUUUUCCGUUAAACCUACGCAAAUAUUCAGCCCGACAAAUUUGUGUAGGAGAAAAAAAAGACAUUGUUUAAUUUAUUCAAUUUAAAAUUCUAAAAGGACUUAAUGAUGUAAUUUUAUCAUGAGAAACAUAGUAGAAUUGCGUUCACCAUUUUUUCCAUUUUUUAUAUUCAUGUUAGAUAUAUCUUUUUCGUAUUUUUUAACUUAACGACACCCUUAGAGUUGCUUGUUCUUGAACUAAAAACAUCAUGGGCCGGUCUAGUACCAACAAGGAUAUAUUUUGUAAUAAUAUAUAUGAUGUAAAUAUUAACAAAAUAUAUAUUAUAUGAGAUAUGAUUUGUUUUUAGUUAAACGCAGGGUUCUCACCAGAUAUAAGCAAUCAACACAGGCUGAGAAUGACCGAAAUUGUUGAUUAUACUGGGAACACUAUGCCCCGUCC